ACACGGCUAGCUUCACAAUCACUCAUCCUACACAAUGACAAGCAAAAAAGAAGUCGUGAAAAGCAGCGCGCAGCCGCAGACACUCUCUGUCAUGCCCUACUCAGCCGCAGUGAAAUGCAACGGCAUGGUUUAUCUUUCAGGGAACAUUGGCAUGGAUCCAAAAACCAAAAAGCUCGUCGAGGGCGAUAUCAAGGACCGCACAAGAAUGAUCAUGACCAUUAUCACCGGCGUGUUGAAAGACUCCGGUUCGGAUAUCAAGAACAUUGUCAAGUGCGGGGUAUUUCUCACUGACAUGGCGAAUUUUACCGCGAUGAAUGAGGCAUACAUGGAGUUCUUUCCGGACGCUGGAGACGUGCCUGCUAGGACGUGUGUUCAGGUUGCGGGAUUGCCCCUAGGAACGGAUAUUGAGAUCGAGUGCAUUGCACACCUGUAGAGGGGUCGUUUGGAAGACGAGUCCACAAUAUAAUCAUCCGACCAAUAGUGAGGGCGCUAAAUUUACAUAGAACGAUCUAUAGUGAUACCUGAAGGUAAUGAUCAACGAUAUUUGUUGCUGUCACAACCGAGGUUAUAGUUGUAGAAGUGGUGUCCACCAGACCGCGAGGCAAACCCUAGCACUGUUACUUUUAGCUAGAUUUAGCAC